AUGUUUGUGUGUGUGUGUGUGUGCCCUUACACGCAGCGUCCAACUAUGAACGAUUCCAAGUUCCCUUCCGGUCACCACCGUCAUGAGUCGCCGGUGCCGUCGUCGUCCUUUGGUCGUCGAUAUCAAACCGCACACCAUCGAGAAUCCGAAAUACCACCAAUGGUGUUGACAGAACAUACAACAGUGGGAUGUCAUCCGUGUCAGGAAUUGGCAUGUGAAGCACCCUGCCUGACUCCCUCCCUUUUGAAGACAAAACCGACGUCGCGAGUUUACACGUGCCCCAAGCUUCCCGGCGCCAUGAAUCAGCAAUCCUGCGUCCCUCGUCGCAGCGUCCGUCGAUCAGAGACAGCCAGAGAGAGAGAGAGAGAGAGAGAGAGAGAGAGAGGGACAACGUCGAGUCCCGUACCCAUGAACUUUUUUUCUGACUUGAUGCUUUUCGCUAUCUCAACUGAUGAUUUGCCAUAG